UUUUCAGACAAGGCCUUACUGAAUUGUCCAUGGUGGGUUCAACCGUUCCCUCUUUCUGCUUCAGCCUCUGGAGUAGCUAGGAGCACAGGCAUGGGCCACACUUCGCAGAGUUCCUCUGAAAAGGUGUGAUGGUUGGCUCCCAAGCAGACAUGGCACCCGCUUCCGCGGCCCAGGGCCCUGGGGAGAAGCUGGCGCCCGCAGCUCCCACGCCAGCAGCCCAGUAUGAGUGCGGGGAGUGUGGCAAGUCGUUCAGGUGGUCGUCCCGGCUCCUGCAUCACCAGCGCACACACACGGGCGAGCGGCCCUACAAGUGCCCCGACUGCCCCAAGGCCUUCAAGGGCUCCUCUGCACUGCUCUACCACCAGCGGGGCCACACGGGCGAGCGGCCCUACCAGUGCCCUGACUGCCCCAAGGCCUUCAAGCGCUCGUCACUGCUGCAGAUCCACCGCAGCGUGCACACGGGCCUUCGGGCCUUCACCUGCAGCCAGUGCGGCCUGGCCUUCAAGUGGUCGUCGCACUACCAGUACCACCUGCGUCAGCACACGGGCGAGCGGCCCUACCCGUGCCCGGACUGCCCCAAGGCCUUCAAGAACUCCUCUAGCCUGCGGCGCCACCGGCAUGUGCACACGGGCGAGCGGCCCUAUGCCUGUGGCGUGUGUGGCAAGAGCUUCACACAGAGCACCAACCUGCGGCAGCACCAGCGCGUGCACACGGGCGAGCGCCCCUUCCGCUGCGCACUCUGCCCCAAGACCUUCACGCACUCGUCCAACCUGCUGCUGCACCAGCGCACGCACGGCCCUGCCGCUCCUGGCCACACUGCUCCUCCACCUGCGCCCCGAGAGCCUUGCGGGGUUGGCCCUGACCUUGUGGCCGAAGGCUUCCUGCAGCGGCCCCCGCCGGCCCAUAGCCCGCCCGCGCCCCCUGCCCCGCCACCCCCGCCGCCGCCUGUGGUACCUGAGCUCUUCCUGGCUGCGGCGGAGACCACCGUGGAGCUGGUGCUGCGCUGCGACGGCUGCGAGCAGGGCUUUGGCAGCGAGGAGCUGCUCCUGGAGCAUCAGCCCUGCCCGGGGCCUGCCGCCUCGCCCUUGGACGCACCUGCCCCUGAGGCCACCGCAUCAGAGUCUGAGCCUCCUGCGGCGCUGUCCCCGCUGCCUUCGCCCCUGUCGCAGCCCCCUCCUGUCUCCGCAGUCGCUGCCCCAGGCUUCACCUGCCUGCCAUGUGGGAAGUCCUUCCGCACUGUGACCGGCCUCUCCCGUCACCAGCACAGCCACCGGGCAGCGGGCGGGCAGGCCUUCCGCUGUGGCAGCUGUGACGGUGCCUUCCCCCAGCUGGCCAGCCUCCUGGCACACCAGCAGAGCCACGUGGAGGAGGCUGCUGCUGGGCGCCCGCCCCCACAGGCUGAAGCUGCCGAGGUCACCUGUCCCCAGGAGCCACUGGUGCCUGCCGCCCCCGCCCCUCCGCUACCUGCCCCAGCCUCCACAGAGAGACCCUACAAGUGUGCAGAGUGUGGCAAGGCCUUCAAGGGCUCCUCUGGGCUGCGCUACCACUUGCGGGACCACACGGGCGAGCGGCCCUACCAGUGUGGAGAGUGCGGCAAGGCCUUCAAGCGCUCCUCGCUGCUGGCCAUCCACCAGCGGGUGCACACGGGCCUGCGUGCCUUCACUUGUGGCCAGUGCGGCCUCACCUUCAAGUGGUCAUCGCACUACCAGUACCACCUGCGUCUGCACUCGGGCGAGCGGCCCUAUGCCUGCAACGAAUGUGGCAAAGCCUUCCGCAACACCUCGUGCCUGCGGCGCCACCGGCAUGUGCACACGGGCGAGCGGCCUCACGCAUGCGGUGUGUGUGGCAAGAGCUUCGCGCAAACCUCCAACCUGCGGCAGCACCAGCGCGUGCACACGGGCGAGCGCCCCUUCCGCUGUGCACUCUGCCCCAAGACGUUCACGCACUCGUCCAACCUGCUGCUGCACCAGCGCACGCACUCAGCCGAGCGCCCCUUUGCCUGCCCCGUGUGUGGCCGCGGCUUUGUCAUGGCCGCCUACCUGCAACGGCACAUGAGGACGCAUACCCCUGCCCAGGCGCCCUCCGGCACCUCAGCCGCCGCAGCUGGUGCCCAGCCCCCCACCCCACUGGCCACGCAGGAUGUCCACGUGCUCCCCCACCUCCAGGCCACACUCUCCCUUGAGGUGGCUGGGGGCACGGCCCAGGCCCCAGCAGCUGGCCCCACGGCACCCAACUCCCAGACCUUUCUCCUGGUGCAGACAGCCCAGGGCCUCCAGCUGAUCCCCAGCAGUGUCCAGCCGCCGCCCCCACCCGCACCCCCUAAGCUCAUCCUGCUGCCCUCCACAGGUGCUGGGCCCAGCCCAGCCAGACAGGGCCCUCGGACUGUGGGAAAGGCUGGCCAGGGCACAGGGGUGGUGUGGCUGCCAGGCCCUGGGGGCUUGGGGAUGCAGGGAGGGAAUGGAGCAGGGGCCAGUGGGGGAGGGCAGAGCCUAAUUGUCCUGCAGAAUGUAGCGAGUGGAGACGCAGGACCUCAGGAAGUUAGUGGGGUCCAGCUCCAGCCGGCCCAGGAAGUGACCACGGUCCAGCUGCAGCCGGCCCAGGAAGUGACUACAGUCCAGCUCCAGCCGGCCCAGGAAGUGACCACGGUCCAGCUCCAGCCCUUGGCAGGCCAGCUGUCCAGCUCCAGUGGAGGAGCAGUGACCGCUGAGACCCCGAACCUGCUGGUGGUCCAGAGUGAGACAGCAGAGGAACUGCUUGCGGCCCCAGGUCCUGGAGAGGCCGGGGAUGGUGAGGCCAAUGCGGGCAUGGUGCAGGAUGUCGUCUUUGAGACACUGCAGACAGAGGAGGGGCUGCAGAGUGUGCUGGUGCUGAGCGGGGCGGAUGGGGAGCAGACGCGCCUGUGUGUGCAAGAGGUGGAAACCCUGCCCUCGGGGCUGCCCGAGCCUCCGGCCUCGGCCCCACCUGGGCAGAAACUGCUCAUCAUCCGCAGUGCCCCUUCUGCGGAGCUGCUGGAGACGAACAGCGUGGGGGGAGGCACCACCACGCUGCAGCUCCUGGCCCCUUCAGCCCCUGGUCCAAUCUCUGCCCCUGCAGCGGUAUCUGCGGCCCCUUCACCCCAGGUGGUACAGGUGGUGCCUGCAGGGGCCGGGCCUGGGGUCGUGAGUCCACAGACUCUGCCAUCCAUCCAGAUCGUGCAGACGCUGCCCGCUGUCCAGCUGGUGCACACGUUUUGAGGAGACCCACCUCUGAGGCUCCAACUCACUGCCUUUGACUGGCCUGGGGUCCGCCCAGCAGAAAGGAGACUGCUAAUAAAGUCUCAGA